AUGGCUGUUUGUGCGUCUGUGUCGACCGCUGCCGGGGAAGAGCACUGGGCCCUUCCCUCUGAAGUUGAAGUGUUAGAGUCUAUCUAUCUGGAUGAACUACAGGUGGCUAAAGGAAAUGGAAGAGCUUCACCAUGGGAGAUCUGCAUCACCCUACACCCCGCCACUGCGGAGGACCAGAACUCACAGUAUGUCUGCUGCUCUCUGGUGCUUCAGGUCCCAGCACAGUAUCCCAAUGAGGUGCCACAGAUCUCUAUCCGUAACCCCCGAGGGCUCUCAGAUGAACAGAUCCAUACGAUCUCACAGACUCUGAGCCAGGUGGCCAAGGCCAGUCUUGGCACUGCCAUGCUGUAUGAACUCAUUGAGAAAGGGAAGGAAAUUCUCACGGAUAACAACAUUCCCCACGGCCACUGUGUCAUCUGCCUGUAUGGUUUCCAGGAGAAGGAGGCCUUCACCAAAACACCCUGUUACCACUACUUCCACUGCCACUGCCUUGCACGGUAUAUCCAGCACAUGGAGAAGGAGUUGAAAGCACAGGCGCAAGAGCAGGAGCUGCAGCAUGCUACAGCCCACCAGGCAGUUGGUGUGCAAUGUCCAGUGUGCAGAGAGCCCCUCGUGUACGAUCUUGCCACACUGAAAGCAGCCCCAGAGCCCCAACAGCCCAUGGAGCUGUACCAGCCUGAUGCAGAGAGCUUGCGCCAGCAAGAAGAGCGCCAGCGGCUGUACCAGAGGCAGCAGGAGCGAGGGGGCAUCAUUGACCUUGAGGCCGAGCGUAACCGCUACUUCAUUAGCCUCCAACAGGCUACCGCUCCUUUGGAACUGGAGUCAUCUGCAGAUGCCUCCAGGGGAUCCCACCCAUCCAGUGCCCUUGCCACAGAACUGUCCACCUCAACUGCCCAACCCACCCAGUCAACUCUUUUGUCAGUGGCUUCCCAGUGCACAUGUGAGAAGACUUCAGGGGCUGGGCCAAAUCAGCAGAGGUUGGGCAAGAGCCAGAGAGCUAUGCCAAAUCCCCCUCAGACCAGUCAAGACCCCUGGCAGCCACCCAAACAGCGACACCUGAAGGGAGGGGAAACGAAUGACACCCAAGAACUGCUACUUCCCUUCAAGGAGCCCAUGGGACUAAACCAAGGGGUUCAAGGUCCUCCCCAAGAGAAGGGGCCCCCACCCCGCAGGACUCGGGACUACACUCACUGGGAGCGCCCCAAAGGUCGGACACCAGGUUCUUCCUACCCUCGCCUAACUCGGGGUCGGGGAGUCUCCAGGCCUGGGAGUCGGAGAGAGCCCCCGGGCUUGGAACCUGAGGAGGGUUCCUAG